CUUGUUUCUGAACAGAACCACAGGACCAUAUCAUGAAGCUGUUUGUGUUUGCUGCCGUGGUGGCCGUCUGCGCCGCCGCCCCCUCCCAGACGUACGAGGCCCCGCAGGUCCGUGCCUCCCUCCAACCCGUCGCCAGAAUCCUCGAGGAGGACAGCCAGCACGACGGCCAAGAGGGCUUCAGCUUCCGCUUCGUCUCCGACGACGGCAUCGAGCGGCAGGAGCAGGGCUCGGACGGCGCCGUCACCGGCUCGUACAGCUACACGUCACCGGAGGGCUCCGAGAUCGUCGUGAGCUACGUGGCCGACGCGCUGGGCUUCCGUGCCGAGGGCGCGGCGCUGCCGACGGCCGUGCCCACCGAGUAUCCGACGCCUGAGGUGCCGUCGACCGAGGCGGCCCCCGAGGUGCGCACCGUGCAGGGGUACUCGGCUCCGGCCCCCGAGGCCCGCGCCGCCCCCGCCCCCGUGCAGUACGAAAAGGUACUGGUCGGAUAUCAGCCCCGGUAUCAGUAAAGUAGUCAAUCGGACCUCGGUCAGGUACCAUCAUAUCUCACCUUGUUUUUUCCUUGGCCCAAUUAUGAUUGACCCAAAGCUCAAAUUUCCGCGAUACCUUUAGCUUUAAAAAUUUUGUCUCCACUUGAGUGCGUCUAUUUAUCUGUUUAGCUAUGAAUGUGUGCGUAACACGUUGCCGUUCAGAGAGUGCGUGAGGAAUGUUGUGAUGCACUUUCCAUGUGUUCCUGACGUAUGCAUUUGCAGUCCAAAUGAAUGUG